UCAAAGGUUAGAGUGCGCUGCGUGCGCUUCUCGAUGCUCUGGUCGAAUUUGAAAGGAGGGCGACUUUCGCUAGCGUGUUAAUUUAUUUUAACUGUUUUUUUUCCGUUAUACUUUUUUUACUCAACAGACGAAGAAGAUGCAGGAUAUAAUCGCCACCGUGGAUCACAUUAAAUUUGAUUUGGAGAUUGCUGUGGAGCAGCAGCUGGGAGCGCAACCUUUGCCGUUCCCUGGCAUGGACAAAUCAGGAGCUGCUGUCUGUGAAUUUUUCCUGAGGGCAGCAUGUAUAAAAGGUGGCAUGUGCCCGUUCCGCCACAUCAGUGGGGAGAAGACUGUUGUUUGCAAGCAUUGGCUGCGUGGACUGUGUAAAAAGGGAGACCAGUGUGAAUUUCUUCAUGAGUAUGACAUGACCAAAAUGCCAGAGUGCUACUUUUACUCAAAGUUUGGGGAAUGCAGCAACAAGGAAUGCCCAUUUUUACACAUUGAUCCCGAGUCCAAAAUUAAGGACUGUCCAUGGUAUGAUCGAGGAUUCUGCAAGCAUGGCCCUUUGUGCAGGCACAGACACACCCGGCGAGUCAUCUGUGUGAACUACCUGGUUGGGUUUUGCAUAGAGGGUCCUAAUUGCAAAUUCAUGCACCCACGUUUUGAAUUGCCAAUGGGCACUGCAGAACAGCCACCUUUACCUCAGCAAGCACAGACACAGCAGAAGCAAAACCUUCCAGUAACAACUCAGAGGUCAUCUUCUCUGAUCCAGUUAACAAGUGCCAAUGCUAUGUCCAACCAGCAGAGGACGCCACAGUCGAUUGGAGUGAUGCAGAUACACAGCAACAGCACGGGAAGCAGAGGACCAAGGCCUUUGGAGCAGGUUACCUGCUACAAGUGUGGUGACAAAGGACACUAUGCAAACAGAUGUACCAAGGGGCACCUGGCAUUUCUCAGUGGGCAAUAAAGAUAACAUCAUAGCCUCAACGUUAUGAUUUUUGUUUUCAGUUUUUGGAAAAAACUGUUUUAUCUUUUUUUUUUUUUUUUUCCUGAGCAAAGGAAAACUUUAUUUUUCAACUCUGGAUGUCGAUUCUCUACUUUUUAUUUUUAUGGCAAGAGGACAGUCUGAAAUCAAAUGAAUGUGAACCGAACUCUAUGAAACAUUCUGUUCUCAUACAGAGUCAUUAUUUUUUUGAGGUGCUGAAGAAUGAACAUGAGCUACCCAAUUGCAUAUGCUUGAGAUUUAUAGACUGUGGUCACAGUUUCAGACUGUGCCAAGGAAAAAACUACAACAUGAUUAUUAACUAAUUUCAUUUUUACCUUGGCAGUUUUAUGUCAUUGGUCAGACAUGAGAGGUGCAAAUUCUAUAAAUGCCACAGGACUGAUCUCACUGCCUCUUCUGUCCUGAUAAUGUGUUCACUGGCUGAUAAUAAAAUGUUGUUUUUUUAGGUAUGUGUGAGUCACUGUGAAUAUCGAGCCCUUAUUCAUCUUUUUAGAAACAGCAUUCAAAUUAUAACCUGACCUAAAUGUCCUAAUUUCUAGUUUUAGCCUUUAGUAGAGAAAGGGUUUAUUGCAGUUUGCAACAAAUUUUCAUACAUUUUGCAAUUAAAAUGUUAUUAAAACCGAGCUGUCUUAUAAAUAUGGAAGUGUAUUAGGGCCACAGAGAAGAAAACAAAAAAUAGAUAAACAUUCAUCCCCUCAGGUAUGUCUGUAGUAGCAGGCUGGCUGUUGUCUCAUGUUAGCCAUUAUGGAUGCAAUGAGAAGUGAAGCAAAAUGGCACCUUUUAUUGGCCAACUGAACAGUUUACAAUAUGCAAAUCUGUUUAGUUAAACAAUAAAAGGUGUCAUUUUGCUUUACUUCUCUUUUCAUCCCCUCAGAGAAAUUCAGACGUCCAAUAGCUCACACACAUAAGUAAAGAUUGUUAAAAAAUAUUAUACAAGCAAGAAGAAUAAACAUAAGUAAAUAGCAAGAAAGUACUAAUGGGUCAGUUAUUUCAGUGUUGGAAAGUAGAGUGGUGACCAUGUCAUGAAUCAUUUGUAUCGACAACAGCGUUCUAAAAUCUCCCGGCAGUAUGAUCUUCUAAAGCUCUGCUGCACAGUGAGAAAAAGCGACUGCUACGUUUACUUCUCUGACCCACCAAAGGGGUUCCACUUUAAUGUCGUAGUUUAUUUAGUCUCUAAAGACAAAACUUCAACUUCAAUUUUGAAAUUCUCACUUUAAUCACAUAGUUUAUGUUGUCAUUAAAAUAGAAUGUUGUAAACUUGGUCUUAAAAUAGAUGUUGAAUUCACUAGCGUUUCUCAAACCCCAUUGUAACUAAAGUAGCAUGUUUAAUGCUUCGCACUCUGUGCUCCCUGACCCAGUCGUUGUGUAAACACGGACCUCCUCUUGUACAGAGACGAGCCACGGGCAGUGUUCGCCACACAGAAUACUAUAAAUUCAUGAUGUUACAGCUCUGUAAGCAUUUAGAGGCCUAAGAUUCAAAGCAUUCAAAGUGCUACUUUAGUAUGAUGGGCUAUGAGAAACUGGUAAAUUAAACAUAGAUUUUAAGGGGCAGUUUACAACGUUUUACUUUAAUGAUGAAAUAAACUUCAGGAUUAAAGUGGAAAUUUCGAGAUUUAAGUCAAAAUGUCGACUUUAAUAACUUAAUUAUUUUUUUCUCUUAUACCCUAAUAUGCUUCUGUAAAUAAAGUCGAAUAGUAGCCAUAAGGAUAUUUUUAAUGUUUUUUUAUAAUUUUUAUUUCUUCCCUUCUGUUACAAAUUGCUCAAAACAUCUUUUAGUUUUUAAGAGGUGAUUUACUACUUAAAUUCACAGGCAUUAACUCAAUAAAAGCCUAAUUAUCACUGCAAUUAUGAACCGGUUGCAUGUUCAUAAGAAGGCGCACAGAAUUGUUCUAAUUGGUUAUUCUGUAUUUUAUACUUAAUGUGAAACAAAUGGCAGCUCAAGUGACUCUUAAACUGAUGUGACACUUCUGGCAUCAGUGGAGCAAUGGCUGUGUUCUAUGUGAAUUGUUUUAUAAGGGGUUUUUCAUUUUUCAAUUGACACAACAAUACUAUGUCACAGUAAAGGCAUUCUACGAUUGUUAAACUAUUCUUUUGUAAAUAAAUAUUUCUAAAAUGCG